AGUUUCUGUUGGUCUUGGUUCCACUCAAAAGUCGAGUUCGUCAGGUUCGUGUUCCAAAAAUCUGCAAAUUGGUAUCGUGCUGUGUGGGGGCAUCAGAUCAAGAACCAUGGACCCGGAUGCAAAUGCUCGAACUAGUGCACUACUCGCAGUCUUUUACUUUACUACUCGCAUAAACUACACUAAGUCCUCAGCCUCACAUGCAUAAGAUCGGAGUUCGUCGUUUUUUAUUUCAAUAUGCGAGAUCACAACAUCUGUGUUGUCCUAGUCCUCGUUGUCUCGCUCAUUGCAUAAGAACACUGCAUCGAGUCCUGCCCUUGUAGAAGUUUGUUGCGCAGGCACGGUAUUCUUGUUGUUCAACCACAUUUUUACUACCAAACCCAAAGGCCACACACACCAGCAAAAAUGCCCCCAGGUGGUGGUCUACCCCAGACACACUCUGUUCCCAUCCGGGUGGAGUUCCGGAAUCUGGGGGGCGAUGUCCUAGUGACGACAGACGAGUUCCCCUUCCCCCUGGAACGAGAUGGACAAAAGCGUUGUCACCGAGGAGAUAGGCAAAUAGGUCCGCAGCUGCAACACGACCACGACCAGUCGGACCUGCGUCCUCUCGACGAGCUUGCUGACAGCACUACUAGUAAAGAAGCGUAUUCUCUUGCGUGGUUGCGUCAGUUGUUCGCCACGCAGGUGGACCGGCAUGCCCUGUAUGUGGAUCUCGUGAGGCACCUCGUGAAUGAAUUCAGUGAUGUAGAAAACCUAGAUCCGCCACUUUUCUCCAAGCGGCCGGGCCCUGGAGGUCCGGGUGGUGCGCAAGGAAGCAGCUCGCAUUGGAUCCGCGGAAUAGGUGGCCCUGAAGAUGGAAGCAAGGCAAGAAAUAUCGAAAAGAGCAGUGUUGUUAAAGCACCGCAGGAGCGAUCUUCGUCGUCCGCUGCGCAUUGUCGCCAAUCUGAUCCACCGUCCGUUGUGGUGGAUCUCGAUGAACCUCAUCCCAGCGGGGAUGGAAAACGCGACGAGGACCGUGGAGCGAAACAGCGGCGCGAAGUAGACGCGAUCGACCACGCUCACGCAAACAGGUUCGCCCGGACUCUGGAUGGAGCAGAGCAAAUGCCUCUGUGGUUGACCGCCUUGCGAUACGAAGGUAGAAUCAAUUGUGGAACUUCUUCUACGGACUCGCCGCCUUCGCAAUGUGAAGGAGCUGAAGGGGCUGCAACGCGGCCACCUCCAGGCGUUUCAAUUUGUUCCCCACUACUUCCCGAGCCCACGAUCCGCGCUCUGUAUUCCUCGAGUACAAAUGUGGGAAACUAUUUUGUGGAUUUCGCCAGCGGGCCCCUGCGCCUCCUGCUCGCGGCGCCCAGGACGUCGGGCGGGCGCAACGUGCUUAUCUAUGACAGUGCACAACUCCCCCUCGUUCUCAUUCCUCAUGUAAAGUACCAAAUCCACGCUUUCCCUCCUGUCACUAUUAUGCAUGACAAGUUCUGGUAGCCCAAAUAGCACUACACUCCACUGCAAAUUUGUCAUGCAAAACCGGCACUCUGGCUGAUGCUUGUAUUGCCGUUCAUGCUAUACAAAUGAGGGGGAGGGGGAGUUGAUGCGCACUGUCAUACUAUCCUCCAGCACGUCACAAACCAAACGAGCCAUCCACACAUCUCUGAGCGGCCGGUAUGCAUUGCAAAAGUAUCCUACUCCUCGUAUGAAUGCAUUACAGAUUUCCUCAGCAACAUGAGAAAUGAAAUUUGUCAUGCGGUGGAAUACCUUAAGAAAAAGAUUUGUAAUGCAUUACUGCAAUCACUACGAGUGCUCGUAAUCGUAUAGAUACUUUUGCAGUUCAUAACCGGUGGACGACGACAACGGCGCUCUGCUCUUCCGCCCGGCGCAACUGUGGUACACUGUGGACGACGAGGAGAUCGAGAUCUUUGAUGGUACAGCAGCGGUGGAACACGCGCUCUUGGGCGUUAGCGCCGCCGUGGCCACGACGUCCAGGAGUAAUCUUCAAAGCUCGGAACAAGAACAUCAAGUUCCUCUUGCUCACCAAGACGAAAGAACUAGUACCAACGAACCAACAGAAAUCACAGCCACGGUGUGCAGGAGGAAGAGGGUCGUGCAGCCUCCUUUAAACAAAAAGUUUAUUCUUCACCUAUCCUACACGGACGAGCGGAAUCCGCACGUGCGUAUUCGCCGCGCGUUUGUCUUCACCCAGGACCAGCGGGAGGAGCUUGCGCGCUUGGUCUUCACGCUCCGUUGUCUGCAGUCUUGGCUGUCUGAGUUGUUUCCCUCAGUGGAAGAACACCAACGACGGGAAAAGGCCCCUGCUCCAGCCUUGCCACCUGUGGAAAACGCGGUGGCCGUGGCUUGUUGUACGGAAGAAAAUGCAAAGAAAGACGGAUCGGUUGUAUUCGUAGACAGCAGGAGGGGGCCUUCCUUAUCCUCAGCCCAGGGGUACAAGACCUACACCAGCAAGGGAACAACAUCUUCAGGCGACUGCCAACAAAAUCCACCCAUGCCGGCGGCCAAUAGAGAAGGUACAGGGGGUACAGAAUGGCCAACAUCACGCCAAUCCGAUCGAGUUCGCGAAGAUUUCUGUCGCUUUCUGUUCGCCCCUGAAAUAGAGGCCGCUAUGAUGCAGCUCUGCACAGCAUCAGCGUCACCGUCAGUCAGUUUUGGUACUACAACUGUGCCACCAAAAGCGUCGCCUUCAGGAGCUGCACAACUACACUCAUUUCACCAGCAGCACUCGACUUAUGCCCGCCUUGUAAGGAAGCUUCUGGGAAAAAGGCUUUUUCGUACCAGAGAAGAUGAAGAAAAACUAUCUGGAGCAGCUCCUCCUGCUGCAGCUGAUUCUUCAUCCGGGAGCACAAGACAAGGACACGAGCUCGACGGCCGGCGAGAAAAUGACUUGGAGGUUCCGUUCGGCGCACUUUUGCGCGAGUUCCAGAUAGUGGAGUGUCUGCGGAGCGCUCUGCCACUCCUGAAAUUCAUCGACAACUACCACGGUUGCGGAGAGCUGGUCGACGAGGAAGGCAAAUCAAGGCCAUCGCCCCCGUCAACGUUUUCCACCGUCGCGAGAAGGGAACUUGGCUGGGAUAAUCAUUCUGAUCCUGAUCCUGAAGAGGCCUUCGAACAAAAUAGGGAGCAAGAGUCCCCAGCACUGUCCGCGAGUACAACCGAAUCGCUUACGGAGGAGGAGCAAGCCCAAGCCCAAAAUGUGGGAGCGAUGUCCCGCCCUAGUGAAGAGGAGCUUGCUCGUGAAAACGAGGAUGCAGGUGGCGGUGCGCAUAAUCCGGAGGUAGGCACAGCAAGCCUAGAAAUAUCAAAGGCUUCUGACAUCGAAAUAAACCGGAGUAGUGUUGAAACUGCCACGACCGUCAUUUGCAUUCAUGUCGUGGCACCGAGACGUGUCUGGCUAGACCUGGAACGCGAUCAAAGGUUCCAGCAGUGGGGAAAGCCGAGCGGUGGACAAGCGUCACGUGGUGAUCAACCGGACCAGAUAACCGGUCAACAAGCUGCGACGGAGCAAGCCGGAUCAGGAGCCCCACCCGAUCUGAUCGCCCACGCACUGCGGCGCUUGUUGCAAAAGGUCGACCCCACGAACGAGGUACUUUUGCCACCGCAAAUUGAUUUUGAAUCGGAAGACAUUGACUUUUGAUGGAUUUUUAGUCGGAUGGAUGGACGAUGUCCAGCAAUUCGUCAUGAGUUCUUGAUCUACUAGUACUACUUCGUCAGUUCACACGUUUUUGCGCAAGGAAACGCGAAGGGAAGUCGCAGCUGAGCG